AUGGAUCUUCUCCUCCAACUCCAAGCCAUUGUUGUUCUAAUAGCUCUAAUUCUAAUCUACCAUCGAUGGUUUGUAAAGGGUAAUCACCUUAACAAGAGUAAAGCCAUAGAAGCCCCUGAAGCACCAGGAGCAUGGCCUGUAAUUGGCCAUCUCUUUAAACUAGCAAACCCUCAGCCUCUCUUCCGAUCACUUGCAGACAUGGUUGACAAACAUGGACCAAUCUUCACCGUCCGAUUUGGCAUCCAUCCAACACUUGUCAUUAGCAGCAGGGAGUUAGCCAAAGAGUGUUUCACCACCAACGAUAAAGCCUUUGCUAGCCGUCCAAGAACUGCCGCAGGCAAAUACUUGGCCUUUGAUUAUCAAAUGAUAGGGUUUGCACCCUAUGGAGCCUAUUGGCGUGAGACACGCAAGUGUGUAGUCCUUGAGCUUCUCUCCAACCGGAGACUUGAAUCUCUUAAGAGAAUCAGAUAUGCAGAGGUUGAGACUUGUAUGAAGGACUUACAUGGGCUUUGGGCGAAGAACAAUGGGAAUCAAGUUAAGGUGGAAAUGAGUAGAUUGUUUCGAGAUCUAACCAUGAAUUUAGUCCUUAAGAUGGUUGUGGGGAAAAGAUAUUUCAGUGUUGUGGGUGUGGAGUAUGAUGAAGAGGCAAAGAGGAUACAGAAAUCUAUAGAUGAUUUCUUUAGACUUGCAGGUGUUUCAGUUGCAUCUGAUGCUCUUCCAAGUUUUCUAUCUUGGAUGGAUUUGGAUGGGGAACAAAGGGCUAUGAAGAAGGCUGCUAAGGAGAUGGAUGUGAUUACAGAGAGAUGGUUGAAAGAGCAUCGGCAAAAGAGAUUAUCUGGGAAAGGUGAUGGUGAUGAGCAAGACUUCAUGGAUGUGAUGCUGUCUAUCCUUGAAGAAGAUGCUCAGUUCCAUGGACAUGAUCGUGAUGCGGUAGUGAAGGCAACGGUUAUGGCAUUGAUGUUAGCAGCUACAGAUCCCAUUGCGGUAACACUGUCAUGGACACUUUCUUUACUACUGAACAACAAGCAAGUCUUGAGAAAAGCUCAAGAUGAAUUGGACUUUCAUGUUGGAAAAGAUAGAAAGGUGGAAGAGAAGGACAUUGGCAAUCUUACAUAUCUCCAAGCUAUAAUCAAGGAAACACUUCGCCUAUUCCCUGAUACACCACUAUUAAUUCCCCAUGAAGCCAUAGAAGAUUGCACUGUAAGUGAAUUCAGAAUCCCAAAAGGAACACGUUUGAUAGUGAACCUUUGGAAGAUACAUAGAGACCCAAGUAUAUGGUCAAACCCAUUAGAAUUUCAGCCAGAGAGGUUUCUCACAAGCCAUCCCAAUCUAGAUGUAUGGGGGAAGAACUUUGAGUUUAUUCCUUUCGGGUCGGGUAGAAGAUCAUGCCCGGGUAUAUCAUUCUCACUUCUUACCUUACAAAUGAUGCUUGCCCGUUUGGUUCAUGAGUUUGAGCUGCAAACACCCUCUAAUGAGCCUGUGGAUAUGACUGAGCGAAUGGGCUUAUCCAUGUCCAAGAAAACACCUUUGGAUGUCCUCCUUAGCCCUCGAGUACUCCCUUCACAACUUUAUGGCUAG